UAACGCGACGUUUACGUACGUACGUCUGUGAGUUCACAGAGCAGCUGAGUUUAUCGUCUGUGAAUUGAUAUGUUGACCCUGCGGUUCGGACAGCAUCUGAUCAAGGCGUCCGCCGUGUUCCUUCAGACGGAACUGACCUUCGCGCUGGUCAACCGGAAGCCCGUGGUGCCCGGACAUGUGCUGGUGUGCCCGCUGAGGCCGGUGGAGCGUUUUCGCGAUCUGCGGCCGGAGGAAGUGGCCGAUCUGUUCAGCACCACUCAGGUCGUGGCGAACCUGGUGGAGAAGCACUUCAGCGCCACGUCGCUGACCAUCGCCGUGCAGGACGGUCCGGAGGCCGGGCAGACCGUGAAGCACGUGCACGUGCACGUGCUGCCCCGGAGGAAGGGCGACUUUGAUCGGAACGACAGCGUCUAUGACGAACUGCAGAAACACGACCAGGAGACUGAGGAUGGUCCCCCCAAGUGGAGGUCAGAGGAGGAGAUGGAGACAGAGGCUUCAGAGCUGAGGAGGCUCCUGCAGACUCCACAGAGCUGAGGAGGCUCCUGCAGACUCCACAGAGCUGAGGAGGCUCCUGCAGAUUCCACAGUGACUGUGGAAACACUGGAUCAUAAUUCGCUAACAUUACCUCAUAGUCAUUUUGUAUUAUUUCAAGGCCUUUAUUUAUUGAAUUCCCAAAAAUUAGAUA